AUGAGACGCUCGAGCACCGACGAGACCCCGUACCGGCGCAGUCCGUCUCUGGACAGCAAGUCCGACUCGCCGCCGUUCACCUCCGGCUUCCACCGCUUCAGCGGGGAGUUCGAGUACAAGCGGCCGCCCUUCGCCUUCGGCUUCCACACCACGAAGGGGCCGCAGGCGUCCAAGGGGCGCUACGCCCAGCAGGGGAAGAAGUACGUGGUGUUUUACCUGGACCUCUCCUUCAUCUUCCUCCUAGAGCUGCGCCGCUGCAGGAUGGCCGAGGGCUGCGUGAUGGCCCUGCGAUACGGAAUGGUCUUCUUCAACCUUCUCUUCUGGUUCUUCAUCCUCCUCAUGCUCAUCUUCUUCCUGGAGAUUUUGGCCAUCAUGCUUUUCUGCAUCUACCAAGACGAGAUCGACCACUACGCCCAGAGGGAUCUGAAGAAGGGCCUCCAGCUGUUCGGCUCGGAAGGCAACGUGGGCCUGACUAACGCCUGGAUGAUCGUACAGACCGAUUUUCGAUGCUGUGGAGUAACCAACCACACGGACUGGUUCGAGGUGUACAACACCUCCCGCGUGCCGGACUCCUGCUGCCUGGAGUACAGCGACAACUGCGGCCUGGACAACCCGGGGACGUGGUGGACAGCGCCGUGCUACGAGCGCGUGAAGGACUGGCUUAACGAGAACCUGGUGGCCCUGUGGAUCUUCGCUCUGUGCACGGCUCUCACACAGGUCCUCGGCCUGGUCUUCUCCAUGACGAUGUUCUGCCAGGCGGUGAAAGCAGAGACCUUCUACGCGUAGCCGGCGACCUCUCUGAGGAUAUGGACCCCGCCCCCCUUUGACCCCCCCCCCCCACAGACUCUCCUUGUCCUCUCUGUGACAUUCCCCUUGUCAUCACUUCACAGUUUUCUUCUGCCAGCUGUCACCGAGCACAGUGUGUAAUACCUCAGUUGGUUUCCUUAUGGUUUGCUCUGUGUCCCAAAAAAAAAAAAGCUAAUUUGUUUGUGAUAUAUUUUAUGAAGCAGUAUUAUAUAUAUAUCAUUACGUGUAUCAGAAGAAAAAAAAAAGAAAUGUAACAGUUUUUUUUAAUAUGUGUUUUGUUCUAAAUUAUUUUGUGUUUUCAAAACGAAGGAGAGCGUGUGAAGUGCUGCAAGUGCAUGUCUCCUGCCAUGGUGUGUAUUAAAUGUUUGGGCUCCACUGAA